AUGUUCAAGAACUGUUAUCGAUGUUGUUUAUUUUAUUUUGGAAUCGGUCGUCGGAACGACGAAGUAGGUCUUAAUUUGGGACUUUUGGAAAAUGGACACUCAGUUUCUGGCAAUACUGAACACUACACCGUUCAAAAGAUCUCGAGCUUUGGACGACAUAUUUCUCAUGAUGAUGAUGGGCUUUCUGUAUCUGGUCUUACAAGUGACGGAGAAGAUGAUGAUCCUCCACCGAAAACACAAUCCAUUAGGAAAAAAAAAUGGGGAAAAGCGAUGAAUAAAACCAAAGAUCCAAAAACACCAAAUUCAUUUCAAACACUAGCCGGUGUUAGUAUGAUGAUGUUACAACCGAUUACAGCAGGAGCUGGUUCUACUUCCACCCCAGACUUAAGUUUAACAUCGGGUAAGAAAGAAUUUUCCAAGAAAGAAGAUAAAAUGGAUUAUCUUUCUCCUACUUCGUGUAAAGAAAAUACUGGUUGGCUUAAGUCUCAAAGUAUGCAGGAUGUGACCUCAACUACAGAUUCGGACAGUUUUGCAUUGUCAUCAAAAAAUGCCGAUGCUGAAAACACCAAUGCAAGCUCAUCUACACGUCCCUAUCGUUUUGGAUGCGUAGCAACAUCUAUGUAUAAUGUAACUAGUAAACUAACAUCCAUAAGAUCAAAGUCUAAUGAAGCAGUUUCGAAUACUUGGAUAACCCCAGUAGACAACGCUCCUACCGUUGAUCCUAAUGCUCACCAAGAACAAGCUUAUGGAAAUGUUAAUUUUAAAAUAACUUACGAUCAAUAUACAAAAAAGCUAUUUGUGCGUGUGGAUAACUUGGACGGAUUAGCACCAAAAGGAAAAGAUAAACGACCAUAUAAGACAGUUUUAAAACUUACGCUUUUGCCUCAGGAAAAAACUACGAAAACUAGUAAAACUAUAGCUGCUGCUAUGAGUCCCGUAGUAAAUGAAGAUUUCUUUAUAAGCACUAAAUGUAUUGCAAACAAAGUUUUGAGAAUAUCUGUUUUUGAUCACGAAUAUCAAGGAAAAUAUGAUGCAAUUGGUCAUGCACUAUUUUAUUUAGACAAUAUAACACCUAAUAAUGAUGGGGCACAAAGUGUUAAGCUCUACAAACAUUCUUGGCCGGAUUUAAACCAUUGCAAUUUAAUUAUCAGCUUAAGCUAUAAGAAACAACAGGAAGUUUUGCAUAUAGUUGUUCACGAAGCUAAUAAUUUAAAUUUGCCUCAUGAAAAAUCCAGAACUUUCGUGAAAAUAGCUUAUUUUAGCAAGGGUAAACGAAUCAAAGAAUAUCAAUCACCAUCAGUACCAUACGCAAAAAAUGAUCCUAAAGCAACAUACGAAUUUAAAGUUGAUAUACGACUAGACUUGAACUCUGCUACAAAUGUUUAUCUGGUGAUCGGGCUUAGAGAAAAAGGAUUUUUGAAGAGAAAUGAAAGUAAUUUAGGAAGAGUUAUAUUUGGCCCAUCUUUAUAUACGGAGAGAGGGUAUGAUUUAACUCCUUGGGGAAAAGUAUUAUUAACUAAAGAAGGAAUAUCAGACACAUUUAAAACUUAUUUAUAAUGUGUAAAGAACAAAGUUAUUGAAUUGUACAAUAAAAUAAUAACUAUAAUAGUA